CAGUUCCUUCGUUCUUGAGGCCAUCCAAGUACUACUUUCAUCUAAGUCGCGUCGAAGCAGUUCCUUGUCAUCCGCGAUUUUAACUUCACACGACCUGCAUUUCACUUAAUUUCCACGUUUUUUCAUAUUGAAAAUGAACUGUAUCUGAUUUUAAAGUGUGUCGCUUUAUAGUAGCAGUAAAGUUUGUGUCUAGCGAGUGUAUUUUGUGGUUCUUUUGCAUUAUUUAGAAUAUAUUAGUCAAAAUGCCUUGUUCCGCUGUUACCUUAAGUUUAGCCACAAUAACUAGCAUCAUAGCUGUAGCGUUGCUUGCUAUAGCCUUCGCCACGGACAACUGGCUUUAUAUAGAAGUAAAAAGGACUAAUAUCCAGAACUUCCUUAGUAGAAAUUCAGAUAUUCAAAGUCAGACGCUACUAGAUGCAGUAAAUUCAAAAUAUUAUUAUUAUACAAGAACAAAAGGACUGUUUAGGACGUGUUUUCCUAAAGAAAGGCCACCUACAGUAAAAUUAUAUCUCAGUCCCGUGGAAACCUAUUGUACAAACAUUAAUUAUUACAUUCCCGAUGAAAACAAUGAAACCAAAGAUUUUACCGAUGAUGCUUGGACAAGGUUACAUAUGGGUAGAUCAAUGAUAGCUCUUUUCAUUAUUUCAUUUUUCUCCGUAUUUGCUGCUUUUUGUACCGGAGUUACGGGAUGUUGGAGAAGAUCUCCAGGAAACAUAACAGCGACAGCAAUUUUAAUGUUACUAGCAUGUUUGCUAAGCGCAGGUGCAAUGGGACUCUGGCAUGGCGUAGAAUAUUAUGAGAAAGAAAAACAAGUUGGUGAAGAAUUUUAUCAGCAGUGGAGUACUGUACUGCGUGAUCAAACACGUAUAUUCUACGAUUGGGGAUACAUGUUAGCCUGGGCGGGAGUUGGAUGGUCAUUGGUAGCCGCCAUCUUGUUUUCUGGAUCGGCUGUAUGCUUAAGAGGAGAGAGGGAACGCGAAGAGGCUGUUAACAUGCAAUAUCUAAUGCCUGUUUACCCGCAGAAGCAACAAUACGCUUAUGCUGGCUAUCCCGUUCCACCUCAACCAUACACUGGACCCUAUUACACCACAGGAUCAGCUUAUGGGCCAUACAAUUACUGAGUCGAACGUCAAACGAAUAAACGAAGAGUUAUGACUAAUCGCAGAACAGAGUCGACAAUGUUUAUUUUAUAAAAUAUAAUAAUGUAUAUACUAAGUAUUUAAAUCAAGAUUAAAGUGCAUAUUAAAAGUACAAAAUCCAAGUUGUUAGAGACAUAACGAGAAAGUAAACAUUGUUGGCAUUUCGAAAUACUUUGAGACUGGAGUCGUUUGCAUUUAAGUUAAAACCAAGCUUUGAGUAUUUAAAUUUUGAAAAAAAUGUCUGUUAUUUUAUAUACUUAUUAUUAAACAUAUAGUGUAAGCCUUAUUUUAUGACUACCUGAUAAAUUUAACAUAUUUUUAAGAAUUAUGUAUAAUGACUAUGAUAACAAUUAUGCAGUUUGAAGCAUAAAAUAUUUUUAAAAUAUAUAUAAUUAUUUAUUGGACUUUUUUAUAAAAUAAUUUUAGCAUAUUUUUGUACAUGUACAUAAUUUUAAGUUAUAUUUAUAAUUAAGGAUGUAUUUUACAUACAAAAUAAGUUACACGAAACAAAACCAAGAGGCGACAUCUGAAAUUAAAUGUUCUGGGUCUAUAUGUCGAUGUCAUAAAAUAUGCGGAACGAUGAAUAGAAAAUAAGAUAUUUUUUAAUAGCAAUAUAUCACUCUUUACUGUGAUAAAAUGUUAAAUAUGUGUUUAACGAGAAAAAAAUUGUCAUCAGUGAUAAGGAUUACGUUUGGUAAUUGUCAAUUUUUUACUAGCAUUUUAGAUUUUUAUACAAAAAAAUAUAUUUAACCAAAUAAACAUUAUAGACAAUA